AUGCCCCCCCAGAUCAAGCAUGAUCUCAACCGCUCCGGCUGGGAGUCCACCGACUUCCCGUCCGUGUGCGAGAACUGCCUUCCCGAAAACCCGUACGUGCAAAUGCUGAAAGAAGACCACGGCGCCGAGUGCAAGAUUUGCACGCGGCCCUUCACUAUCUUUCGCUGGAAGGCCGACCGGACCUCGCGCCAGAAGCGCACUAACAUCUGCCUUACCUGCGCGCGCCUGAAGAACUGCUGCCAAUGCUGCAUGCUCGAUUUGUCAUUCGGCUUGCCGCUGCAGGUCCGCGAUGCGGCGCUGAAGAUGGUCGCCCCGGGCCCCGACAGUUCUAUUAACCGCGAAUACUACGCGCAAAACCACGAGAAGGAUAUCGAGGAUGGGGUUGGUGCUAUCGAGGAAUACGAGAAGACAGACGAUAAGGCGCGCGAGCUGCUACGCCGCCUCGCCAACAGCGAACCCUACUACCGCAAGCCACGGCGCAUCGAGGGACCCCCAGCGGCAGAUGGCGAGGAAGGAGAAGAGGCUGGCCCGUCGGAACAGCCCCGAACACAAAGUCGAUAUGGAAAUGGUCCAGGCCCCGUCCGCACAAGCGAGAGCCGUCUCGGAAAUAGGCUGCCCGGCCGUGGAGGUGCGCGCGGGGGUCGAGGUGCAGGCCGUGGUGGCCGCCCUUUCCCUAGCACCGCCCAGUUGCCCCCAUCAGCGGAAGACGUCAGGCCCCCGCCCGACCCUAACGUAACCUCACUCUUUAUCACCGGUGUCGAGGACGACCUCCCCGAACAUGCGCUCCGCGCGUUCUUCACGGAGUUCGGUCAGCUUCGCUCGCUGGUCUGCUCCCACCGCUCACACUGUGCGUUUAUCAACUACGUCAACCGCUCCGACGCCGAGACUGCUGCAGAGAAAUGUCAAGGCAAGGCUAUCAUCCAAGGCUGCCCACUGCGCGUGCGCUGGGGCAAGCCCAAGCCGCUGGACAAUAUGGACCGGGAGGAGCGAAUCAAGAAUGCUCGAGAUGGACGGUCAGCACUUGGUCCAGCUGCAAAGGGUGGCUCGGGCAAGAAGGCGAUCACAGCGGCCGGCGAGAGCGCGGGUCAGCAGGAGAAGGAGCAGACCUACACUGUGGCCCCGCCUCCAGGCUCGGGCCCCGUCCAGUACGCCAGUAUGUCUGGCGACUGA